AAGCCUCCCGCCAGAUUGAGACACCCGACAGCAGAAAAAAAAGGGAAGGAAAUGCUCGACACAAAACUCCGGCCAUCGUCUCUUUAUUCGGCCGCUCCAAGCGUCCCACCCGAUUGGGACUCGUGAGGACGGAAAAAAUCGAGGAAAACAUGGGGAAAACAUGGGAAAAAUCAGACAGAAAAAAAUCUCAGAUUUUGCAAAUAAAUACCUCUGCAGGCCCAAGAGUUUCCGCUCACUCUCCUCCUUUACUCGACGGUAACAGAUAUCGGAAUAGAAGACGGAAGAGAGCGCUUCACCACCACCGCAUCCCCGUGCCAUAGGGAGCUUCCAGAUAUAUUCAUGAAUGGAAGAACCCUAAUCUGCACUACUCUCUUUUCCAAUAUUUCCAUCUCGCCGCCAUCAAAAUAUCCCGAGCUUGAAGUUAGUACUGUCUUCGUGCGUAUCUUUUUCCUGAUUUUCUCCUUCAAAUCGAAUUUUCUUCUUCCUGAUUCGGCAAUGUGGAGGCUUAAGAUUGCGCAGGGUGGCAGCCCGCGGUUGAGGACCACGAACAACCACGUAGGGAGGCAGCUGUGGGAAUUUGAACCGAAUAUGGGCACCGCUGAGGAGAUCGCUGCGGUCGAGAAGGCCCGUGAGCUGUUUCGGGAGCAUCGUUUUGAGAUGAAGCACAGUGCUGAUCUCCUCGUGCGGUUGCAGUUUGCAAAGGAGAAUCCACUUGAAAUAAACUUUCCUCACAUCAAGCUAGAAGACCAUCAAGAUGUUACAGAAGAAGUUGUCUUGACCUCUUUAAGAAGGGCUAUUAGCUGUUAUUCUACUCUCCAAGCACAUGAUGGACACUGGCCUGGGGACUAUGGCGGCCCGAUGUUCCUUAUGCCUAUCUUGAUUAUAGCUUUAUCUAUUAUCGGAGCAUUAAAUACUGUUUUAUCACCAGAGCACAAGCGGGAGAUUCGUCGUUACCUCUACAAUCAUCAGAACAAAGAUGGUGGUUGGGGUUUGCAUAUAGAAGGCCACAGCACCAUGUUUGGUUCAGCUUUGGCAUAUGUUGCAUUGAGGUUGCUGGGUGAAGGACCUGAUGAUGGAGAUGGGGCAAUGCAAAAAGCACGAACUUGGAUUCUAGAUCAUGGUGGUGCGACAACCAUAACAUCAUGGGGAAAAUUUUGGCUCUCUGUACUUGGAGUGUUUGAAUGGUCUGGCAACAACCCAAUACCUCCAGAGAUGUGGUUACUCCCAUAUUUUCUCCCUGUCCAUCCUGGACGAAUGUAUUGCCACUGUCGGAUGAUUUAUUUGCCCAUGUCUUAUAUAUAUGGAAAGAGGUUUGUGGGUCCAAUUACACCUACAGUUUUAUCACUAAGGAAGGAGCUAUAUGGUUGUCCCUAUCAGCAAAUAGAUUGGAAUCGGGCUCGAAAUGAGUGUGCAAAGGAAGAUCUGUACUAUCCCCACCCGUUGGUACAGGAUAUAAUUUGGGCUUCACUUCAUAAAGUUGUUGAACCUGUUCUAAUGCAUUCGCCUGGUAGCAAGUUGAGAAAGAAGGCUUUGCAUACUGCAAUGCAACAUAUUCAUUAUGAGGAUGAGAAUACUCGAUAUAUUUGUAUUGGUCCUGUUAACAAGGUACUAAAUAUGCUUUCCUGCUGGAUUGAAGAUCCAAAUUCAGAAGCAUUCAAGUUGCACCUUCCAAGAAUCUAUGAUUUUCUGUGGCUUGCAGAAGAUGGCAUGAAAAUGCAGUCUUAUAAUGGCAGCCAAUUGUGGGAUACAGCUCUUGCUGUUCAAGCAAUUAUCUCAACUGACCUUUCUGAAGAAUAUCUUCCUACUCUUAGGCGGGCACAUGACUUCAUAAAAAAUUCACAGAUUCUUGAAGACUGCCCUGGUGAUCUUAGCUUCUGGUAUCGCCACAUCUCUAAAGGUGCAUGGACCUUUUCUACAGCAGAUCAGGGUUGGCCCGUAUCAGAUUGCACAGCAGAAGGAUUGAAGGCUUCAUUAUUGCUGUCGAAGAUCUCUCCGGAAAUUGUUGGUGAACCAUUAUGUGCAGGGCGGAUUUAUGAUGCUGUUAAUGUCCUUCUUUCCCUUAUGAACAAAGAUGGUGGUUUUGCAACUUAUGAACUUACAAGAUCCUAUGCUUGGUUGGAGAUUAUCAAUCCUGCUGAAACUUUUGGGGACAUUGUCAUCGAUUAUCCAUAUGUUGAAUGUACUUCAUCUGCAAUACUGGCACUGACAUCAUUUAAAAAAUUAUACCCUGGCCAUCGCAGAGAUGAUAUAGAAAAUUGCAUUAGAAAAGCAGCUAAUUUCAUUGAAAUGAUUCAGCAACCUGAUGGAUCAUGGUAUAGCUAUUGGGCUGUUUGCUUCACAUAUGGCACAUGGUUUGGAGUGAAGGGAUUAAUUGCUACUGGAAGGACCUACCAGAACAGUUCUAGCAUCCGUAAAGCGUGUCAAUUUCUGUUGUCAAAACAACUGGCAUCGGGUGGUUGGGGAGAGAGCUAUCUUUCAUGUCAAAACAAAGUGUAUUCAAACCUUGAGGGCAACCGAUGUCAUGCAGUGAACACUGCAUGGGCCAUCUUAGCUCUAAUUGAUGCUGGGCAGGCUGAGAGAGACCCAGAACCUUUGCACCGAGCAGCGAAGGUGUUGAUUAAUAUGCAAAUGGAGAGUGGCGAUUUUCCACAGCAAGAAAUCAUUGGAGCCUUCUUCAGAAACUGCACGGUUAGUUAUUCACAGUAUCGAAACAUAUUUCCAAUAUGGGCUCUUGGGGAAUAUCGCUGUCGUGUCCUGCUGACCAAGAAAACCUGACUGCUAAUCUCUUCUGCCAUAUUAUAAUCCUUGGUCAGAAUGUUGAUGUUUUUGCCCCUCGAUCGAACUAUUCAGAGAUGCAGAUCUUACUGCUUGACUGUCAUGGAAGAAUGGGUUGCACGAACUAUUAGACUAAUCUUCAGCUUUUAUUUGCACAAAGUGACCAACAUGGGACUCAAAUCCAUGUGAUUGCAUCUGUCAGCCACAGCAUUUUACUAUUGCACCAAGCUAUGUUCCCCAUUGCAGUAGCAUCUGAACAAUUAAAUAUUUUCCCUAUUUUUAAUAUUUUGUUGAUUGAUAAGUGCAUAUGAUGCUUGUAGUGGAAAGUUUGCCCAUGCAUGCUCAAUCUGUUAAUUUUGUGUUAAAAACGGUGAGUAAUGCAAACUAUGUCCUCAAUAUUUAAACCUUCCCUAUUUUUUACAUUUUGUUAUUUGAUAAAUGCAUAUGAUGCCUGUAGUGGACAGUUUGCCCAUGCA